AAGUGCUUAAAAAAAUCAGGGAAACCAAUCGCAAACAGUUAAAACAUCGUAUCGAUGGAUCUUCCGCCGUUUGGCACCCAAUGAUUUCUACUUAUUCCCGCAGAUUAAAAAUAAAUUGCGAGAAGUAGAAAACAUUUUCCGACAAUUGUUCAAACGAAUGCAAAAGUUAAUGUUUCAUAUAUCUGUGAACAACUCAAAUCGUAUUGGUAUGACAACACGUUCUGAGUACGUUCACCAUUAAAUAUGUCAAACUUUAUGAUGUCAAUGUCAGAUUUGACAUAUUCAAAUCAGUCUUGCCAUAUCUCAAAACUUAAGUAGCAUCCCUUUUACAAAUAUAAAUUCUUUUCGACACAGCUAUACUAUAAACGUUUCUUUAUUAUUCGGGUACCUGGUACAUUUUUAUUAUAAUUAAUAUUUCGCAAUUGAACAAUUGAAUUAACGUAUAUAAAUAAUCCGAAAUCGGUACUGGAAUUGUAGUGGGGACAACUGGAUAUCACGUAUAUGGUAGUGGGGACACGUGUUAGCGUCAGGUUCUAGGCGUAUUGCACGUUUCUAUUAGUUGCCAAAAUUGAGACAACUGGUGUAAAUCGACUUGAAGAAUCAACAGACAGGAAAACAAAACUUUGGUCAAUAGAAUCAUAAAUCUAUGGUCUCUUUUGCUUUGACGAAGAUGACGGCCGUUAUUCGCCCCCUAAUAAUAUGCGGACCAUCGGGGGUAGGAAAAAGUACGCUGGUUGCGAAAAUUUUGGAAGAAUAUCCCGAAAAAUUUGGUUUUUCCGUCAGCCACACGACGCGGAAACCUAGACCGGGUGAAAAAGACGGCGUUCAUUACCAUUUCACUACGGUAGAAAAAAUGAAAAAUGCCAUAGCCGAUGGCAAUUUUAUAGAAAGUGCAGUAUUCAGUGGAAAUAUGUACGGUACCAGUAAAAUGGCCGUACAAGAAAUUGCCAAUAAUGGCAAAGUAUGUAUUUUGGACAUCGACGUCCAAGGUGUGAAGCAAAUAAAAUGUACAGAUUUGAACGCGUGGAGUAUUUUCGUAAAACCGCCUAGUUUAGAUGCACUUAAAGAACGAUUAUUGUCUCGAAAGACGGAAACUGAGGAAAGUUUACAGAAGAGGUUAGGAAUCGCCGAAGAAGAAAUAAAAUACGGGAUAACGCCGGGUAAUUUCGAUUUGGUUAUAGUCAAUGACGAUUUCGAAAGGGCUUACAAGGAAUUCAAAGAUUUUAUUGUUAAUAACGUUUUAGUAUUCAGAUGUAAUGUAUAACGCGCUUAUAUUAAUCAGUAUCAUUCCUGUUUAUAUAUAUAUAUAAAUAUCUAUAUUAAUACAUAAAUCGUUUAAGCUUGA